GCCACCCCGACCCCCGUCUCCUCACCCGUCCCCAGGUCACCGGCGCCCAAGGAUGACUCCUGCCAGCAGCAGCGCUCGCCCAAGAGGCACUACAGCUCUGUUUACGAGCGUGUCAAGUCUAAGGUUAGUCGAUCAUCACCACGUGAAUCUCCAAUGGUUCAGCGCAUGUUGCUUGAUGCAGCAGCCUGGAAAGCCCGACCACAUUGCCUUGGUGUCAGCACUAAUGAAAAAAUUGAUGCAAGAAACAGCCAGUCACCAGCUAAAAUACAGGAAGCUACCACAACAUGGGUUUGUCAAAGGUGCACACUUCACAACUCUCAUAGUGCUGAUCGUUGCGAGGUGUGUGAAACACCACGUAAACUCAAUACCCCACUGGAUUUCUCCAGCAGUCUUUCAGCAACAUCAUCAGGUACACUGCCGAGGAAUGGUGUCACUAUAACUGUUCCUGACUGGCAGUCGGUUACAGAGGCCAGUGCACCUGGGCUUAAAAAAUGUGAUUUUUCGUUGUUAUUUGGUGCAUCAUCAACACCCCAAGACACUCAUUAUGUGAGAAAUUCUUCUCACCUGGAAAAUAAUAAUGAAAUAAGUUCACUGCUCAGCGAUGUUUGGCCUAAACCAGUUUAUCGCAGAUCCUUUUCUGAAGUGCACUCAACAGGAAGUGAACUACAAAGUAGCCGAGCUAUUGCCAACCGCCGGAGCAUGAUUGAAAUGGAUACACAGGGCAACUAUGCCUUGCAGUCAACAGUUAAUCUGAAUCUGCAGCUGCAGCAACAACAAAAUUUAAAUAGAUCUGUUACAAGAUACUCAUACAUUGGAAUCUCUGACCCUAUAACAACUCAGCAUCUCCAACCUGUCCGUACAAACUUAGUGCUUCCGAGGAAAACAAUAAAGAAUAUACCUGGAAGAUCGCCAUCAAAUGGCUCCGGUGCUGAUGUGGACCAUAGCAAGGUGUCCAAUGGCAAUAUUGUUUCUCCUGCUGUAUCAUCACCUGUGCACACCAUCCAAAACUCCCUUGGCCAAAAUUCCUCAUCAUCGUCAACAGGUUCUUCAGAAAAUUCUAGCCUGAGUGGUAGUUCAUUUGAUCGCAUGUGGACGUGUACAAAGUGCUCAUAUACAUACAAUCCUCUUUGGUCUGAUAGCUGUGAUAUAUGUAAUUCAGUGCGUUCCCCUCCUUCCCUUACUGAACCUAGUCUCAUAACUGUGACCAAAGAUAGUGUUCGAUACACGCCAACCAAGAAGGAGGGAUCUCAAGAAUCUGAGGAACUGGAAAUCCUAACUAAUGGUGAUCUCAUGCAAUUACCAGUUCCAGGGUUGACACCAACAUUAGCUACCUUGGAACAGGACUUGGAAGAUGACUUCCAAUUUUUGCCUGGAGAAGGCUUUAGUGCUAAUAGCGUUAGGGACCAGGAAUGGACGUGUAAAAAAUGUACAUUAGUGAACUCAGGUGCUGAUAAUGCGUGUGUUGUGUGUGGUGGCUCAAAACUGCGCAGUAUUAGUACUGUAGAAGACAAGACCCUGAGGAAGGGGGAGUUUUGGUCAUGUGGACAGUGUACACUGAAAAACCCAUUAAGCCUUCAGGUGUGUAAAGUUUGUGAAACAACAAAGAAACUUCUGGAAGUUCCAAAGCCCAGCGUGACUCCACGCAGUCCUUCCCCUCGCCAGUCGCAUCGGCAGGUGGUGGGUGCUCGCUCUGGAAGCAGCGGGGCCAUUCCAAAGCAGCGACCUGCUCAGCGCCGGGCCAGCUCAUCACGCAUUAAUGGGUCACCAGCUGCUGCUGCUGCUGCUGCUGCUGCUGCUGCUGCUCCACGCCGCAGUGUUUCUGGAAUCACCCCAAAACUGCGUACACCACCUGAUCUCUCACCAGUAGUGCCUUCCUCGACACCUGCAGUCAUUGGAUCCUGGCGGUGUCCUCAGUGUACAUUUGAGAAUGGAGCUGGAGCAAUGGUUUGUGAAAUGUGCCAUGGCCCACCCUUGAGUUCCACUAGCCAACUACCAAAGAUGCCAGCAGCUGCAUCAAGCCCAGCUCCCACAGUGCUGCAGCAGGCGAGUGAGCUCAUGGAGGAGCUGCGUCACAUUGAAGAGCGGGAAGCUCUCCGGCAGUGGGAGCGUAUUGUCCAGUAUUGCAAAGAGCAUAAGGAGCCUUUUGUAGAUGACUCAUUUCCUCCUGCUCCAAAAUCUCUGUAUUACAAUCCUGCAGAGACCAAAGACAAUCAUGUGGUGCAAUGGUCAAGGCCACAUGAGAUAAGCACAGAUGGUGAUCUCAAGAAAUGGGUUGUGUUUCGUACCCCUCUGCCAUCUGAUAUAUCACAAGGUGUGCUUGGUAAUUGCUGGUUGCUGAGUGCACUUGCUGUACUGGCAGAGAGAGAGGAUCUUGUGAAGAAAGUAAUGGUAACUAGAGAAUUCUGCAAGCAGGGGGCAUAUCAAGUGCGUCUGUGUAAAGAUGGAAAGUGGACUACAGUGCUUGUUGAUGACCUUCUGCCCUGUGAUAAGCGAGGACAUCUGGUUUAUUCUCAGGCCAAAAGAAAACAGCUAUGGGUACCAUUAAUAGAGAAGUCUGUUGCUAAAAUUCAUGGUUGUUAUGAAGCACUGGUUUCGGGUCGAGCUAUUGAAGGCCUGGCAACACUUACAGGUGCUCCAUGUGAAAGUGUUCCCCUCCAGCCAUCGUCAUUACCAUCAGAAGAUGAGCUGGACCGUGACCUAAUAUGGGCACAGUUGUUGAGCUCACGGCAGGCUCGCUUCCUCAUGGGAGCCUCAUGUGGUGGUGGAAAUAUGAAAGUCGAUGAGGAAGAAUAUCAGCGCAAAGGCCUCCGUCCCAGGCAUGCCUAUUCUGUUCUGGAUGUUUGUGAUGUACAAGGCAACAGACUACUUCGUUUGCGCAAUCCAUGGGGCCACUAUUCAUGGAAAGGUGACUGGUCUGAUGAUUCUCCUAUCUGGACUCCUCACCUGAGAGAGAUGCUAAUGCCUCUUGGAGCCUCUGAUGGUGUUUUCUGGAUAUCUUUUGAUGAUGUUCUCAAGUAUUUUGAUUGCAUUGACAUUUGCAAAGUGCGUUCUGGGUGGAAUGAAGUCCGUUUAAGAGGAACACUACCACCUCUGUCCUCCCUGGAUCACUUGUCAUGUGUGCUGCUGACUGUGCUUGAACCAACUGAAGCUGAAUUCACAUUAUUUCAGGAGGGACAAAGGAAUUCAGAAAAAUCUCAGAGGUCCCAGCUGGAUUUGUGUGUUGUCGUCUUCAAAACACGGUCUCCUACAUGCCCAGCUGUUGGCAGACUUGUUGAACACAGUAAGAGACAAGUUCGUGGCUUUGUAGGUUGUCAAAAGAUGCUCGAACGUGGCCAGUAUGUUCUUGUGUGCCUCGCAUUCAACCACUGGCAUACAGGUAUAAAUGAUCCUGCAAAUUAUCCAGAGUAUGUAUUGGCAAUCCACAGCUCAAAACGUUUAUUAGUGGAGCAGAUUUCACCGCCAGCUUAUGUACUUGCAGAUGCUAUAAUAAGCUUAACUCUUUCAAAGGGUCAGAGGCAUGAGGGCCGUGAAGGAAUGACAGCAUACUAUCUCACAAAAGGUUGGGCAGGAUUAGUUGUGAUGGUGGAAAAUCGUCAUGAGAAUAAAUGGAUCCAUGUGAAGUGUGACUGUCAGGAGAGCUACAACGUGGUCUCAACAAGAGGAGAGCUUCGUACUGUUGACUCUGUUCCUCCAUUGCACAGACAGGUAAUAAUUGUGCUGACACAACUGGAAGGAAGUGGAGGUUUCUCAAUUGCCCAUCGACUAACGCACAGACUGGCCAAUUCAAGUGGGUUGCAUGACUGGGGUCCUCCUAAUACCAGUCAUUGCCCGCCAAUUGACAAACAGGUGGAAGGUCUACACUCACCACGGCUCAUAACAUAACUCUAAAGAAUCUUCAUUGUGUUUUGUGAUAUUUAGCAUUGGUGAGACAGCAAUGUAGAAAUAAUCUGUCUUGUAAAGAUCUGAUGUGCCACUUGUUACCGGAUGAGCCACAUAGCUUCACUGCUAGCCUUAGUGUGUUUGUUUCCUACUGUUUGGUGCCAUGAAGUAGACAGCACUGCCAUUUGCAGUUAUGAAAAGUUUGCAGCAGGUUAUAUACAUAGAUAUUUGUAUUUGCUGCUGUAGAAGUGGAGAGCCUUGCUUAUUGGGUCUAGCAUAUUUUGACACACACAUUGUGCAUGAUGUAUAAUAGACCAACACAGUAUGAGAAAAAUGUUCGUGAGACAGCUACAUAUCAGCACUCAUUGCUUGAAAUCUUAGCCGAAUGCUGUAUUCAGGUUGCUGGAGAUGUUAUGGUGGUUUACAAUUGUGUACAAUAGGAAACUUCACAGUGUAGUUGUGAAGUAUGUGGUUUGCACAUGAAUCUCAACUUUUUUUUCUGUAAGCUGACACAGCUGUUGUUAAAAGUGUAUGUCGGUGUAGAAGUGCUUAAAUUUAUAGUGUUAAAAAAAUUCAUAGUUGUUGAACUAUCCCAUAACUUGUGUAAAGCUGAAAGGUGGUGAGAGUGGAAAUUCAGAAAAUUUAAUAAUAAGAUAGUGGAUGAGGAAGCAUUUUCAUUUGUUUGAAAGGGCUAUACUGUGAUAUUUUCUAUGAUAACUGUUAUAAAAUAUGCCCAUUUUAAAAAAGUGCAUUGUUUUUAUUAUAACUAAGAGUUUCAUGAAAGAAGUUUUUGAGCCAGUGGAUCAUUUGUAGAUUACAGCAUGAGCCUUAUUUUGAAAUUACAAGGUUGUUAAUGUAGAAAAGCUGUGGCUGUGAGCAGACGUCUUCCUUGGAGAAGAAGCUGUGUUAUAACAAACUCAUUCAGUUUCACCUUCUUCAUAGUCUGCCCAAUUAUGAGAAUCACAUCGAAAUACUCUGUACAAAUAUUGUGAUCACAGAAUGUAACACAAACAUCACAAAACAUCUAAUGGAUCCAAACGUUUUAGUAACUACUUCUUGCAGGAUUUGUUUUUUAAAUGCUGUUAACCAUUAGGAAAAAUGAGUUAACCCUGUCUUUGGUGCUGACUUUUAUGCAUUACUCAGUAACUCAGAAAUAAUACACUAACAGUGUAGCGCUCAGUUUUGGGAUACUUCUGAAAGGCAAUAGUAAUGAAUCUGUGACCUGAAAAUCACCGCUUGUGUAAAAUGCACAUGUUGAGAAAGUGUUUUAGACUGAUAAUUGAUAAUGAUAUUGAUAAUAUUAAUGAUGAAGACGAUGAUGAUAAUAAUGAAAACCAACAAGAGUAAUUUAGUUUUAAGGAUGAAUUUAUAAUAGAAAGGGUUCUACCUUUGAUACUACAUGUGCACUCAGUAAGACAGAGCCUGAAGUGAUAUGACCAUUUACUCUGUUUCUCAACUCCUUUUAUAUUUCUCCAUUUUGACUGCCAAUUUUUUUCACUUCUGUCUGAAUGGCACUGCACACUAAAAUCUAUUUUUAAAGCCUUUGACAAGUAUCGAUAAUGAUACUUCACAAAAUAGUUCAAAGUGCAUUAAAAUAUUGGUGACAGAGAAUGUGAUAAUCUGCUCUACAAAUGUUUUAUGUAUGUCCUUGUCUGUGAAAUGUACAAUCUACUGUAUGUUGUAGAAUAUGUUUUGUUACUUACUCUAUGCAUCACUGUGCGGCAUUUUGUAUUGUGUAAAUCUCAGGUAUGGCUUUACUUUCAUGUAUACUUUGCCUGUAAACAGACUUUUGAAUAUUCAAAACUGUACAGUCCAUUAUAAUUUUUACAAUGUAUAUUUUAUGUUAUUGUAAUACCUGUGUAAUACUGACACUACAAAGAUCUGAGAUAAAAAAAAU